AUGUUGAGCAAGAAGCGCCCAUCAGCAGCCUAUGGCGGCUCGGUGAGAACCGCGGCGAGCACAAAACCGCUGCAAUCCCGUCCGGUUAACGUCCCGGCGUCUGGUCCUCGCAUCAUCAGCAAGUCGUUUGCGUCGCUCUACAACAACUCAGAUUCCUUCAAGGAAGAGCGCGAGCUUCUCCCGCCUCCCAGCAACGCGGCACAAACGAGCGACAUUGCAGCCGUCCCAUUGUACGACUCGGACUUUUCUGACGACAUUGACCUCGAGGCCGAGUGUGUCCUGCCCACGCUUCCGCGCCAACAGCCACCGGCGACGCCAAAAGAGCAGGAUGCGGCUCCUCCAGCUACCAAUACAAGUGUGCUCUCCUGGUCACAGUCCUCCCCGUCACACCUUCAACCCCCGGCCUCUCGGCCUGCACCGCCUCCGCAGCACGCCAUCAAGCGGGCUUCGCCGACGGAUGAUGGGCCGGCUCCUGCGGCGGCGAAGAAGCCAAAGCGGGAGCUACCCAGAAACUGGUCAAAGAAAGCAGCGCCAGAGGAUGAAAAUGCUGGAGGUGGUGAUGGGCACGGGGCCGCUGCGGUCGCGCCAGCACCCAAGUCGAAAGGGGAUGCCCUCUGGAAUACUACUGCCAGCGCCGUAAAGGCCCAGAAGAAGCAGUUGAAAACACAGCUCAAGGAGUCUGGGAAAACGGAGACGUCUGCGCCGGACAUGCAAGAAACUUUCAAGACGCACAUGGCUAGGACGUCAGCCAUCACGCUCAGCAAAUUUGCUGCAAUGCUGAACGAGAUGCGCUUGGGGAGAAUCAGCGACCAGACAGUCCGGAGCUUCCAAGAGCUCAGCCGGCCACUCACCUUCAACGACGGGUUAGAAGUAACCGAAUUGUCAGUUUCUAGAGCCGAGAUUCCGUACCGUGGUCGCUGUGCUGACAACGUUUUAUAA